AUGGUAGGCGCAUGGAAGGCACAGAGCGUGCGUCGCGCCCCGCAGCAAGAUACACGAUGGACAGGGAGGAUGGCUACGAGCACCCUCGUGCCGAGCUUCGUGCCGGGCUCUUUAGCCCUGUACAAAGGGAGGACGAUGAGGACACGUGGCUUCGAUCGUGCCGUUCGACAGACCUUCAGGUUCCUCGACUUGCCCGCCGAGAUGCGCCUCAUGGUUUACGGCCAGGUCCUUACUUUCGAUGGAGUCAGCGGAUAUUUGACUGAAAUGGCUAGACACUGCUACUCAGGCAUCGGUGGCCAUCCACUCCUAUCGAUGACAACUCCAGCUCUGUUCCUCGUUUGUAAACAGAUCACGGGAGAGCUCUCCAACGAGCUUCGGAAGGUUCCACUAGUUCUGCCAAACAUCUUUGGAGUCGAUGACCUCACCAAGGUCAUUACCCCGAACAUCCUGCGCAACCUUGAGCACGUUACAAUCUCUAUCCAGCAAUUCGACGAAGACCAGUACUUCAUGGUCAACAUGAGAUCUCUCGAGCGUAUCGCCGAAGAUCUAAGCCGGGUGUGGGAGUUUGGUGGCAACAGCUUGAAGAAGCUGACAGUCCGCUUGCACGAUGAUCGAAUCUCUGCCCACUUCAAGCUCUGCCCUCCAACUCAAUGCUAUCUUCGUGAGGAGAUCGACAUGGCGCUCAGCGAGUUCUCAUCUCUGCGCAACAUCAAGGAUGUCUCCUUCGAAGGCAUCCUCUCGGACUUCGAGCAUUCCGCGCACAUUGCAAGCGCGAUGGAGAUUCCAACCAACUACCAGUUUAUGGAACUCCCGCAAUCUAUCCGCAAGCGAAUAUACGACUACUCCUUGGAUUAUAACGAGGCGAUGGAUGUAAUGGCAAAGGUCAUCAAGCAAAAGGCGAUCUUGAGCAGUCAUGCACGCAAGAGCAAGAACGCCACCAAGAUUCCCAGGGAGAAGAUCCACCACGUGUACAGCCCUGCCAUUCUCCGCCUGAACAAGGAAAUUAGGGCCGAGGCUAUGGAAGUCCUUCACGAAAAGGGCCUCACUAUCAGUGCGGUGACACCAAAGAAACACAAGAUCACAGAGUUCAUCAGUGCUGCGACACUUCACAAUGUUCGUAACCUCACCUUGAGGAUCUCCGAAAGGACGCUGGGCCAAUUGGAGGAGUGGAAUAAAGUCAAGUUGGACCUGGGAAAAAAUUUCCGGGAGAAGAACUCUCUAGAGUCCGUCAAGAUCGAUGUAAUCUGCAUGGAAGGCUCCAACUACUUUGUCGAUGUCUUCAUGAAAGUUUUCAUGAAUGAUGUCAAGGAGCAGUUCGCUCUUGGCGGCGAUGACUUUACGGUUGAGCACAACCUUCACAACGCCGUCAAAUCCCCGAAUACUCGCGGGCAGUCCAAGAAGCGACCCCGCGAGGACCAAGUACUCACGGCAAUGGAGGGUAUCUGCUGA